GUGAGUGCACCCGGGCCGGCGGAGAGCCAGAGUGGGCGCCGGGCGGAGCCGCGGCGCCCUCGGACUCCGGACGCCCGGCCCGCCGCCAUUAUGUACGACCCCGAGCGCGGCUGGAGCCUGUCCUUCGCCGGCUGCGGCUUCCUGGGCUUCUACCACAUCGGGGUGACCCGCUGCCUGAGCGAGCGCGCCCCGCACCUCCUCCGCAACGCGCGCAGGUUCUUCGGGGCCUCGGCCGGGGCGCUGCACUGCGCCUUCUUCCUCUCUGGGGUCCCGCUGGAGCAGACAUUGCAGGCCCUCAUGGACCUUGUCCGGAGCGCCAGGAGUCGGAACAUUGGCGUCCUCCACCCGGCCUUCAAUUUGAGCAAGCACCUCCGAGAUGGUCUCCAGAGAUACCUCCCGGACAACGUCCACCAGCUCCUCUCGGGCAGAAUUGUCAUCUCACUCACCAGAGUGGCCGAUGGAGAAAAUGUGCUGGUGUCUGAUUUUCGGUCCAAAGACGAAGUCGUGGACGCCUUGUUUUGUUCCUCCUUCGUGCCUUUCAUCAGUGGCUUGAUCCCCCCUUCCUUCAGAGGCGUGCGAUACAUAGAUGGAGGAGUGAGUGACAUCAUACCCUUCUUUGAUACCAAAACGACCAUCACUGUUUCCCCCUUCUAUGGGGAGAGUGACAUCUGCCCCAAAGUCAAGUCCACGAACUUUCUUCACGUGGACUUCACCAAGCUCAGUCUACGCCUCUGCUCAGAGAACAUCUACCUAUUAACCCGGGUGCUAUUCCCUGCGGAUCUCAAGGUGCUUGGAGAGCUAUGCUUUCGAGGAUAUUUAGACACGGUCAGGUUCUUGGAAGAGAAUGGCAUCUGUGACAGGCCCCCUCUGUGCCUGAGUGCAUCCUCAGCAGAGUCGGAAGUCCUCGAGGCCCCCUGGGAGCACGGGCGCCUGCAGCCUUCCCCGGGCAUGGCCACCGGGGAGGCGAGGCCCAAGGGAGACAAGCUGCUGGACCACCCGCACCUCAGCAUCCUGCCCUGGGACGAGAGCAUCCUGGAGACCCUGUCGCCCAAGCUCACCAUAGCCCUGAGGGAAGCAAUUAGAAACCAAGAUGGGUACAUAAGCAAGAUGUGCAACUUCUUACCAAUUAAGGUCAUGUCCUACGCGGUGCUGCCUUGCACGCUGCCGGUGGAGGCUGUGAUUGCUGUGGUCCAGAGACUGGUGAUGUGGCUUCCAGACAUGCCCAGAGACAUCCAGUGGCUGUGCUGGGCGACCUCCCGGGUUUGUUCUCGAAUGAUGAUGCGUCUGCCCCCUGUGGAGCCCUACGUCCAGGACACGGGACAAAAACUCUGGAAUUAACCAAGCCCCCAUAGCAACUGUUGCCAUGGGCUCUCCUAAUCUAAACCGGACAGCCAUAGUCUAGGCUAGACUAGGGCUCUCCUAGUCUAAACCGGACUCCAUAGUAGGUAAGAUAUUCACCAUGUAGCAACCUCGCAGCACCCUGACCAAUCACCUGAUGCCAUCCUGCCAGCAGGAAUUUUCUUUGUCUUGAGUCUGUAAAAGUCGGCCACUAGCCCACAAAGGGGGUCGGCUCUCCCUGGUCCAUCAGGAAGCGGGCCCGCUGGAUUUGCAGCGCCCCUCACCAACUCUGCUCUUUGUUUGCAAUAAACUCACUCUUUUCCAAGAUACUUCGUGUCUGGAAAUUCUUCUUCCAACCCACGUGCGGACCACGACAUUUUGGUGGCCUGUACGGGGACAUCUCCGGGGGGAUCUCCUCCCCCACCUCCUCUCCUCAUUCCUUGGGACCCUCUGUGAACAGGCAAGCUGCCGUGGAAGCAAUAGAGGAACUCUGGCCAGGGCCACAUCCUGGUGUGUUCCGAAGUCUCCACAGCUCACUUCGCCCCAGUAACUGCCGCCCAGAUGGGUGAGGAUCCCUCUGUCUUCCUCCCGACUGAGGACUAGGCCGAUUGGUAUCGUGCGGGCACAGGUCAGGCAUUUAAAAGCCAUCAGGGCGCCUGCCGCUUGAAGACGCCCGUGAAAGGAUGAGGGGGUCACGGAACGGACCAGGCUGUUAGAGCGUCUGCCCCCAGCAAGACAACUUCCAUGCACCGUGAGGCACACGCUAGUUCAAGCAGAACACCGAGCCCCCUCCCCUGGGCCGCCGCCUUCCUGGCAGGACUACAAGGCUGAUUCCUCGGCCUGUCUUCUCUGUCGCUUUCACCUUCUUCUCGGUCCGGAUUGACUUACAGGAGCCUAAGUGUUGCCUCUGAGCCAUCCCAGGAGUGCCUUUUCACGUUUCAGGGAAUCGCCAAACGGUGAGUCACCCGGUGGGUCCCGGGAAUCUCUCUCUCUUUUCUUUCUUUCUCUGCCCGAGUCGCGUGGUGCCUCAGUCGCACGGUUGGGGCCUCAGUCGCACGCUCCGGGGUCACCUGUCACGGUCGGACGCGAUUGUUGGGACGGUCGGCCCAUUUUGUGCCUUAGUCGCACGGAGAGAUCACUGGGACAAAGGGGACACCUUUCUGUCACCCGGUGACUCUCAGGACCCCCGUUCUACGGCAUAGAGGCUCAGAAUGGGUUCUGCUACGUCUCGGGAGCCUCCCUCAGACUCACCCCGCGGCUGUAUCCUCAGGAACUGGGAAAAUUUGACCCUGAGAAUCUCAAAAAGAGGAGGCUCAUUUUCUUUCGUAACACGGCUUGGCCCCAGUAUAAACUGGGAGACCUAGAACAAUGGCCUCUUAAUGGGACACUAAAUUAUAACACGAUCCUCCAACUUGAUCUCUUUUGCCGGAAACAAGGAAAGGACUCAGAGUUUCCUUACGUCCAGACCUUUAUGGCCCUUAGUCAGAAUCCGGAUCUGAGGGACUCAUGCCGCAUGCGUCUUUCUGUUGCCGCCUUAUCCCCCCAACCCCUUCUGCCUCCCUCUCCAUCACAUCUCCUAGGCGACCCUCUACUGGACCUUUCCUGUCCCCCCCCCAUGAACCCUCAUUGCUUCAGCCCCUGCACCCACCUCAGCACAGGUCCCCAGUAGGUACCCCCUUAUCAGGGCAAAAGCCCCCCUCCCCUCCCCACACAAGAUCGAGGACUGCCCAAUGCCAGGAAACAGAUUCUAAUAUGCUUCCCUUAAGGGAAGUGGCAAAUGGAGACAUGGGCACUAGUAGAGUCCAUGUUCCCUUUCCCGUGUCUGACAUUUCCCAAGUUCAAAACAAGUUAGGUUCCUU